AUGGUGGAGCUCGAUGAAAGUCGCCUCCGCAGGAGUGCAGGCAACAGGGAGGGACCAAAGUCAGUCUGGGAUGUCAUCUGGGGCCAGUGGAAGCGAUCCGACUUGAGCUUAGGCGACAAGAUACACAAUGUCGAGGCCGGGAUCAUCGGGGUAGCCAUCGGGUCGCUCUAUCAGAAAUUGAACAAGAUGGGCUUCAGCAGCGGUAAAGAGUUUGCAACGGCGAUCAGCGAGGCGAAGGCCUUGAAUGCGAACCUCGUCUUGGGCGAUCGCCCGGUGAACGAGACGUUGAUUCGCCUGCAGCAGUCGAUCGACAAGACGGGGUGGAGCCAGGACAAGGGUGACAAGGGUGACAAUGCUGCCAUUGCAAAUACUAUUGAGAUGUUGAAGGAAAGGAGGACUGUACGGGGCAUCAUGCAGACUUUGAAAGAGAACUUGCCUGAAGUGUACACGGCUCUCAUAGGAGAAAGAGACCAGUACAUGGCCAACUCACUCUUGAAAGCGAAUGGCAGGACGACAGUCGCUGUGGUUGGAAUGGCUCACAUGGAUGGUAUAGAGGCACAUCUACCAGGCUUCGUCCCAACUACCUGUGAUGUUCGGCCUUGA